AAUGACAAGCAAAAUAGUGCUGCUGGGCAGUUAGGUAGGAAGAAAAGAGGAGCAACGUCCGUUAUCCUAACCCACUAACCGCAAAGAUGUCAGAGGAGCGAUCUGAGAGAUCCGAUGGGAAGAUUGUGAAGAUGGAGAUUGACUACAGUUCAACUGUAGACCAGCGUCUCCCGGAAUGCGAGAAAAUGGCUAAAGAGGGAAAGCUGCAGGAGGCUAUUGAAAGCUUGUUGUCAUUGGAGAAGCAAACUAGGACGGCGUCGGACAUGGUCUCCACCUCUAGAAUCCUCGUCGCUGUGGUCCAGAUGUGCUAUGAAGCCAAGGACUGGGAUGCCCUGAAUGAAAACAUCAUGCUGCUCACCAAAAGGAGAAGUCAGCUAAAACAGGCUGUUGCCAAGAUGGUGCAAGAAUGCUACAAGUAUGUGGAUGUUGUGACUGAUCUGACCAUCAAGCUAAGGCUCAUCGACACACUUCGUACUGUGACUGCUGGCAAGAUCUAUGUUGAAAUUGAGCGGGCCAGGCUGACGAAAACUUUAGCAGGCAUCAAGGAACAGAAUGGAGAGGUAAAAGAGGCAGCUUCCAUCCUUCAGGAGCUACAGGUGGAGACGUAUGGCUCCAUGGAGAAAAAAGAGAAAGUGGAGUUCAUCUUGGAACAGAUGAGGCUUUGCAUUGCUGUCAAGGAUUACAUUCGCACUCAGAUCAUCAGCAAGAAGAUAAAUACCAAGUUCUUCUCAGAGGAGGGCACUGAGGAGUCCAAGCUGAAGUACUACAACCUUAUGAUUCAAGUGGACCAGCAUGAGGGCUCCUACCUGUCUAUCUGCAAACAUUACCGGGCCAUCUAUGACACCCCCUGCAUCCUGGAGGACAGUAGCAAGUGGCAGCAGGCCCUGAAGAGUGUGGUUCUGUACGUGAUUCUUUCCCCUUAUGACAACGAGCAGUCAGACCUCGUGCACAGAAUCAGUGCAGACAAGAAACUGGAAGAAAUCCCGAAAUACAAGGACCUCCUGAAGCAGUUCACCACCAUGGAGCUGAUGCGCUGGGCCUCCCUGGUGGAGGAUUAUGGGAAGGAGCUGAGAGAAGGCUCCCCUGACAGUCCGGCCACAGACGUCUUUUCUUAUUCAGAGGAGGGGCAGAAAAGGUGGAAGGAUCUUAAGAACAGAGUGGUGGAACAUAACAUCAGAAUAAUGGCCAAAUAUUACACCAGGAUCACAAUGAAGAGGAUGGCCGGGCUUCUUGACCUCUCUAUUGAUGAAUCUGAGGAGUUUCUCUCCAGUCUAGUUGUAAACAAGACCAUCUACGCAAAGGUCGACAGGCUGGCCGGCAUCAUCAACUUUCAGAGGCCCAAAGACCCCAAUGACCUGCUCAACGACUGGUCACACAAACUCAACUCGCUCAUGUCUCUCGUUAACAAGACGACACAUCUCAUCGCCAAGGAAGAGAUGAUCCACAAUCUGCAGUGAAGCAGGAACACAGGGCUUACUUUAUGUUUUGGUUCAUAUUUUGUUUGUGUUUUUCUUUUCAUUAAUGGGAAUGUUAUGAAAAAUAAAAUAUAUUGGCAGACUGGGAAGGUGAAGAAGCUGCAGCACAUUAACAGCACCCCAACAUUGUCCAUUUUGUACUGUCCCUUAAACACUGACAAUAAACAUGAGCACCACCCUUUAUCUUCCCUCUGUCAGUGUCAUGAAAGACUGGAUUUCAAAACAUGUUUCACUGUGCUGUUAAAUGGAUUAUACAGUAGUUUAGCAUUUACUACUGUACAUAAACAUGGUUACAUCAUAAAAAUGUAUACUCUACAAUGUCAACAAUAAACUCCUUUCUUUGGUUAA